UCUCGUUCGAAACACCAUGGAUGCCCAGGGGGACCACGACAUCGUGGUGCUGUGCGCUGAAAAAAGCCUACCAGUUCUGUGCAAACCUGGUUCGUCUCAUCUCAUCCGUCUCAAGAGCUAUCUGGGCAUCGUGGGCACAGGAAAGACAAUGAAGACUCUCCUAAACCAUGUCAAAGCUUUCAAGCCAAAAAUGAUCAAAGUAGCAGGACUGCUGGUGAAGAGAGUUCAACAAAGCUCAGCGUGUGUUCCUGACUACGUCGGCUUUGAGAUACCGAAUCGUUUUGUGGUUGGAUAUGCGUUGGACUACAAUGAGUAUUUUAGAGACCUCAAUGUGAGUCAGACAGCAAUAACUUUAUUUAGAGGAAGAGCUCAGGAUUAUGGUACAUAUUGGUGAUAUGGGAAUCUGGAAAGAAGAAAUGUAAAAUCUAAAGAGAGGACAGCAACAGAAGAAACUUCCACACACGUCUAAUAAAACACGCUCAUUCUCUGUUAACAAACUGAUGGGACAUGUUUACUAUAGGAAACUUUUUAACUCACAUGUAUAUUGUCUGUUAAACCUUUAAUUUGUUAAUUCUGGUAUCACUUUUAAUGCCCAGAGGCAAACAAUUGCUGGUCUUAUAUAUUAUAAACUACCUUGGUUUUCUCUCUUUUUUUGACUACAGGUACUUUUCUCUUUACUCUCUUUUUUACAAUGUAUCAUGUAAUUAGGUACUUUUAACAAUUCUGUAUGCUGUAAGAGAGAUGUUCCACAAAACUAUGAAUGUUCCCUCGUGAUUUUAGUAAUUUGAAGUGGUUCUUUGGUUGAGCUCUCACAAGAUAGAAAGGCCUUUAUGUAAUAUGUUUGUCUUGUGCUGCUGAUAUUUAAAAGGGUAGAUCUGAGCCUCAUCUAUAUAAUCCUUGCAUGUUUUAUGGCAAUAAGCUGCUAGGACUUUGUACUGGUCAGUUUAAU